UCAAGGGCAAGAAGGCCAAGCGGCGGAGGCAGCCGGUGGCCCCGCCCCACGCCGCCGAUGACACGUUCUACGCCUGCCCGCAGUGCGAGAUGAGCUUCCGCACCUCCGCGGCGCUCUCCAAGCAUCAGGUGACGCACGUGAAGGAGCUUCUGGACAGCUACGCGCAACCCGGCAAGGAGAACGUGGCCGAGAGCUCGUCGGACCUGAAGAUCCGCCUCAAGCUGUGCUCGCGUGACAAGCCCAACUUCUACACGCUGUGCAAAAAGAACCGGCGCCGCCGCCGGCACAGCCGCGCCAAGCCCGGCCCCGACGAGGACGAAGACGAAGACGAGGAGGACGCGGCCGGCGCCCCGCGGGCCCACGGCUGCGGUCUUUGCGGAAAACGUUUCAGCCACACCUCCAGCCUGGUGCGCCAUCAGCUGAGCCACCAGGCGGCGGCGGCGGACGGCGGCGGCAAGCGAGCCAAGGCCAAGAGCAAGACCUUCACCUGCGCCGCCUGCAACAAGACCUUCAUGCACUCGUCCAGUUUCUCGCGCCACAAGAAGGCGCACCUGGGCGCCGCCAAGAGGGCCGUCCUCGACGAGACGGCCCCCAUCGAGUCGGACUCCGACUGAGUCCGCUCGGGCGCGACGGCAAGUGUACAUAGCAGACGUGGUCAGAAGGCCGUCCGCCCGCCAGCGCCCCCUUUCCCGUCCCGGGAAGAACAGGACCUUUUUGUCUCUGCAAGAUGAGCGAAUUCAGGGCCGGGGAACCGGGCUUCCUUGCUUUCGCGCCCUCCCCGCUCCAACGCGCCCGAUUCAAAGCGUCGGCGAGGCCCGAAACGAUCGGAAACCGUCGAAGCGGGCGCGUUGGGGUCGGGAGGGCUGGAAAGCGGGCAGGAGAGGGCUCUCGAGGAAGCCCGGUUCCCGAGCCCCGAUCUCAUUGGAUGGAGAACGUGACGGCCGCGGCCGUGUUUCCGCUCCUCACCUGCCCGCCUCCCCCUCCUCCUCCUCCUCCUCGCUUGUUCCGUUUGUUGAGUCCCAUGUUGUGGAAUGCAUGCAGCCACUCGGCCAUCUUUGUAGUUUUGACCGCGGAGGGAGCGCGGGGCGGCUGGCCGGCGUCUUUCGCGAUUUGGAAAGCUAUUUCAAUGUCAUUCGAGCAAGUGGAGACCCUUCCCUCGUUGUUCCCGUAGCAACGCCGGCAUCGCCGCCAUCAGCGGCGGCAAAGGGCAAAACUCCGCUUCCAUUUCUUCCUCGCGUUUGAGGAAAAGGUUGGGCUUUUUAUUGCCGCGGCCGCACAGCAACCGAGGCGCGGCGGCGUCUCGGUGACGUUGACAAUUGUGCCGGACGUCCUGACUGAGUUUGUUUGAAAAAGAGAAAAAUUGCUUGUCAUUCACCUUUAGCCUCCAUGUUGUAUUGCAUCAGUGUCGUGUUUGCUAAUUAGCACAAAGCCUUGACGUGUUCAUUUUGUAAUAAAUCUGGAAAAUGAGGCCUUA